CGACUUUGACCUCUUCUUUUUCAUAUCCUCCAAUUUGGUAUCAAACCAUGAACUACAGUUGUCCUGGUUUCAUGACACAACAUAAUGAGAGACGGGACUCCAAGUCUGCGACCCCUCCCCUUUGGCCCACUUUUAUGCCAUGAUUCAAAGUUUCUGCCCCCAUAUCUUCUCAUCGCCUGCCCAAUUUCAUCAUCAUUAGCCUAUGUUAAAGCAAGGAGCUGGGGGUAUCUCGCCAAACCCAACUACUACUACGAGUAGUAGAUUAGAUAUGACAGCCUUCAAAAGAAACCGAUUCCUAAACGGAAUCAAAACCCAUAGCUCCUCGCCCCUUGCACAUCAAGCUCCACAAGCUCUCUCUGUCUCUCUCUCCCCUUUAUCUUUCACCAAAUCCCUCUAAAAUACAGUGAAAUUAAGAAAAAAAAAGGUUCCAGAAUUCCAUUUCAAGGAAUUAAAAACAAAGAAUUUGGCUUCUUGCCUUUCAAUGGAGACUCCAUCCGAACCCAAGAAACGUUCAAUCGCAAGUCGAUUAAAUUCAUUUGUAGGCAGCAGCAAAGUCGGGAAAAGAUUCAAACUCACCGAGAGAAAAACCACCUUCACCACCGAGCUAAGAGCCGGCACCGCAACGUUCCUCACCAUGGCAUACAUCUUAGCCGUGAACGCCAGCAUCCUUACUGACUCAGGCGGCCCUUGUACCAUUGCUGACUGCAACAACCAGAGCGAGUCCUGCAAAUUCCCCCCAGUGGAUCCAGGGUACGCAGCUUGUCUUGAAAGGACCCGUAAAGACCUAAUUGUAGCCACCGUAGCAUCUUCUCUUAUUGGCUGUCUUAUCAUGGGUAUAUUCGCCAACCUCCCUUUAGCUUUAGCUCCAGGGAUGGGCACAAACGCUUACUUUGCAUACACAGUUGUCGGGUUCCAUGGCACUGGCAACGUACCCUACAAAAGUGCCCUAACAGCUAUCUUCAUUGAAGGCCUCCUUUUUCUCCUCAUUUCAGCUGUUGGGUUACGUGCAAAACUCGCUAAACUCGUCCCCAAACCCGUCCGAAUUUCUUCCUCUGCUGGAAUUGGGUUGUUUCUUGCUUUCAUUGGAUUACAAAAUAAUCAGGGUAUUGGCCUUGUUGGUUACAGCUCUUCAACUUUAGUUACACUUGCAGCCUGUCCAAGAUCCUCCAGGAAAACCUUAGCUCCUGUCGUCACCGCAGCUAACGGCACAAUCAGUUUGAUCCCCGGCGGGACCGUGUCAGGCGAAAUUUUUUGCAUGAAUCAUCGCAUGGAAAGUCCCACGUUUUGGCUUGGAAUUGUUGGUUUUGUGAUUAUUGCCUAUUGCCUGGUGAAAAAUAUUAAAGGUGCCAUGAUCUAUGGUAUAAUUUUUGUUACGGUGAUUUCAUGGUUCCGUAACACUGCUGUAACAGCGUUUCCUAACACAGAAGCUGGAAACUCAGCCUACCAGUAUUUCAAGAAGGUCGUUGAUGUGCAUGUGAUUAAGAGAACGGCAGGGGCAUUGAAUUUUAAGGGACUGAACAAAGGGUACUUCUGGGAGGCAUUGGUAACAUUUUUGUACGUGGACAUAUUAGAUACCACGGGCACAUUGUAUUCAAUGGCUCGUUUCGCCGGUUUCACAGAUGAAAAUGGCGAUUUCGAAGGCCAAUACUUUGCUUUCAUGUCCGACGCUGCAUCAAUUGUGGUAGGAUCACUUCUCGGAACAUCACCGGUGACUGCAUUCAUCGAAUCAUCGACCGGGAUUAGAGAAGGUGGAAGGACAGGCCUAACGGCGUUGACAGUUGCAGGGUAUUUCUUUCUGGCAUUUUUCUUUACGCCAUUACUGGCGUCCAUCCCAGCAUGGGCAGUAGGGCCGCCGUUGAUCUUGGUAGGGGUUUUGAUGAUGAGAUCGGUUGUGGAGGUUGAGUGGGACGACAUGAGGCAGGCCAUUCCUGCAUUUGUGACAUUGAUAUUGAUGCCCUUGACAUAUUCCAUAGCCUAUGGUUUGAUCGGAGGAAUUGGGACAUUCAUUGUUCUGCAUCUUUGGGAUUGGGCAGAGGACUUAUUGGUAAGAUUUGGAAUUAGGAAAGAAGUGAAGGCCAACAAUUUGCUGAAUGAAACAACUAAUGCAAUUCAUAAUGCUUCUCAAGGGGACGACAAGAUGCCUGAUCUUUAGACUUUAGAGGAGGGUUUUUUUCCUUUUUCCCUUGUUGAAUGCAAAGGUAAUUAAUUUUUGCUUUGAAUUAAUUAGAGUUUUGUCCUAUGUUACUCGCCACUCAAAUGUGCCUGCCAAAUACGAUACACACAGAUAGGUCUUCCACAAUUAUAUCUAUAAAAAAUGUAUAGAAUUCGAUAACUUUACCAAAAAAAAAA